AUGAGAAACACGAAUCUCACAUAUUUCAUUUUCGGCGCAUUGACCUAUCAAGUUUUCUUUAUUUUUUUCAAGAGCGCCUUAUUCGAUGCUGAGCCAAAAUUUUUAAGAGAGAAUGCUGCUGUUAGAAAAAACAUUCCCUGUCCACAGAAACAAGCAGUUCACGCCAGGCAUAAAAGAGAAACUGAAGAAGAAUCGAAGACGAUCAAAUUGGCAAAGCUCGACCCAAUUGAUUUUUCCGAAUACGCGCUGAAGCGAGCUAGAGUCAAGUUCUACCUCGAACGAGCUUACAACCCAAGAAAUGAAUCAAACGGAAAAUGGUACGGAACAAAACCCUUGUUUCUUCGAGAAGAGUGCCGCUGCAAUCGUCCGGAAAAUUUCGGCAAAUCUUACAACUACCAGCGAAUGUUUUCAGAAGAAAUAAAUCAAAAAUAUACGACAGAAAAUGAAAUACGAAAAGAGCAAUAUUCAAAUUUCCUGAAAGACAAUCGUUUCUCCGAAAUGGCAUAUCCGAUGAUUCGUCGAACUCCUUUCAACCCGAUCGAAGUGCCGGUUUUUGGCCUGACUGUUCAUCCUUACGAAUCGAUCAUCAUUCCAAUAAAAUUUCAUUUGGAAGAGAGCGAAAUGAUCCAGUUUGAUGUCGACUGCAGAUUUUGCGUUUGGGGAUUUGAUCCUGCCAGGCGAUGGAGAAAUGUGACUGAUGCGAAUAAAUUGACGAAGAAAAUCAGGCUUUUUGUUGAAGAGUACGACGCGAGGCCUUUGAUUGAUAUUGUCGUUGUGACGAUGAAGAGACAACUGACGGGGGAAGAAUUUGAAGCGAGAUUUCCAGUGACGUAUAAAACGAUGCCAAUGCCAAUUCUCACCACCAGAAGCACCAAUAAAUUCCACGAUAUGGUUACAAUCGUGACAAAAACUUUCAUGCGCUACCCCUGCCUUGAACGUCUUCUCGAUUCGAUAAACAAAUUUUACCCAGGGACUCAAGUAAUCGUCGCUGAUGAUACUCCAACAGAGCAUUACAAGAAGCUAGAUACGUUCAAAUAUCCAUUUGUCAAGCAACACAAAAUGCCUGCUAAUGCCGGCUUUUUUGCUGGAAGAGCUUUAGCGAUUUCGCAAGUCAUGACUGAAUAUUUUAUCACCAUGGAUGACGACUUUUUGGUAACAGAGGAAACGAAACUUGAAGAGCUCUUGAAAAUUAUCGAUGAAAGUGGCUACGAUAUAAUUGGAGGCGGAGUAGCAAGAAACAACGACGAAAAACAAACUUGGGACAAGAUGGGAAGAUUCGACAUAAAACGCGAUGAAUAUGGGUUUUGCUACUAUCGAGGUGCUUUUCAAAUCAGACCACCUCCAAGUCUCCCGGGUUGUCGAACGAGGGACAUUGUGAAAAAUUACUUUAUCGGUCGAGUUGCUACGACGGGGACAGUAAGAAUGGAUCCGCAUUUUGCCAGAACAGGACAUAAGGAGUUCUUUUUGGAUGCGCUUGGAGAACUGAGAAUCGCUAGUUGUGAUGGCGUUGCUCCUGUUCUCCACGAUCCGGAAGGAUGCGAUGGUCGAUCAGAAGAAUACAGCAAGUUUCGAUUCCCCGAAAGAUCAGAAGAAGAGCAGACCGAAUAUCGCUUUCAAAACGACAAACUGUGGUACCAUAGAAACUAUCUCAAAUGCUAUCAAGAACAGUAUCCCUCAACAAUUUAA